AUGGCGGCCCGCAACAGCACCCCGCCCAGCGGCACGACGGAGACCCGGAGCCGCGGUGAAAGGAGAAGCCCCUUUGACGACGGACCUCUUCCGCCCAUCAAAUCAACCGCCUGCCGCCGAUGCCAUUCGCGAAAAGUAAAGUGCUCCGGCGACCAGCCCUGCCAGAAUUGUCGGCACGCCGGGAAAGGUGCCGAGUGCACCUACCCGCGCCGCAAUAGACAGGUCAAGGUCAGACAAAGUUACAUUGACGGUCUUUUGGACGAGAUCCGUCGUCUCAAGAGUCAAGUUGCCUCUCAGAGCGCUUCAACUUCCACAUGUGCGCCGUUGGAUGACGUGACAUCAAUAACGAGGACGACAGCAACACCAUCUCAGAAUACCAGCUACACUAGCAACAGAGAAGUACUAUCGACACCAACGUCCGCAAACCCAGGCGAUAAUGAAGAGCCCACAGCAGUGGCAGCGGCAGCGGCAGCAGUGGAAGAAGCAGCAGCAGCAGCAGCAGCAGCAGCAGCAGCAGCAGCAGCAGCAGCAGCCGGGGCCGCAGCUCCAGUAACAGCAACACUCGAAGUGAAACCGUGGUUCAUCAACGCCAACGUCUUCCGCACCCCGAUCCUCAUCGGCGAGGUCGCCGACGCCGCCUUCUCCACCCGCUUCCGCCAAGUCAUCUCGGACCCUUACGCGCCCCAACCCCGCCACAUGCUCCGCGUAAACUACGCCCCCGACGCCGAGCUCAUGGCCCUCGUCAAGUCCUCCGACGUCGCCUGGCCCACGCCCUCGCGCUCCCGCUUCCUCGUCGAGGUGGCCCUCAAGUACGUCGCCCGCCGGUACCACGUCGUCCGCCGCAGCGCCGUCAUGCGCGACCUCGAGCAGAGCAUCCACAACCCCUCCUGGGGCGACCUCAUGCUCCGCUCCAAGCUCUGGGCCCUCUUCGCCAUCGGCGAGCUCUACUCCACCCGCUCCAUCCCCUCGGAGAAGGACUUCCCCGGCAUGCCCUACUUCGCCAAAGCCUCGCGCGUCCUCGGCGUCCUCGACGAGCGGCCCGGCACCGACUCGAUCGAGAUCAUGCUGCUCCUGUCCUUUUACUCGCUGGCCCUCAACCGCCGGUACAGCGCCUUCGUCAUGUCCGGCACGGCCAUGCGCAUGGCCAUCGUCAUGGGCCUGCACCUCAACAUACCCGAAUCCCAGCUGCGCGACCCGGACCUGCGCGAGCACCGCAAGCGCCUCUUCUGGACGACGACAGCGACGGCGGCGGCGCGGACGCACGCGGCCGACUUUGAGGAUACUGCCUACCACGUGGCGAGCCUGCGGCUGGCGGCCCUCAUUACCAAGACGGUGCGCUCCAUUUACGGCCAGCGCAGCCAGGGCGAGGCGACGACUUUGUCGACGAGGGUGCAGCAGGCGCUCAAGGAUCUCAGGGCGUGGGUGGAGGAUUUGCCUGCCCAUUUGCAGAUUGAUAAUGCAGGGACCGGACCGAAGCCUAUUUCGCUGCAUUUAUCUUUUAAUCAGUGCGCAAUCCUAGCAACCCGCCCCAUCCUACUCCACAUCCUACGAACCCAAGUCGCCUCCUGGCCGUCCACCACCACCACAACGACCACCCCCGAAACCCAAGUCCCCGCCAGCGCCGUCACGCUCUCAGAAGCCUGCAUCCGCUGCGCGCGGCACUCGAUCCGCCUCCUCACCGACUCGUGGAUCGACGGGUCCUUUGCGACGUUUGACUACUUUUACACGCAGUACCUCUUUUCCGCGCUGACGAUCCUCGCCGCCUCGAGUCUCCUGCAGGACAGCCACGGGGCGACGCCCAACGACGACAAGGAGGCCUUUGAGGAAUCGGUCAGGUUCCUCUCGCAGCUGCGGGACGCGGGGAACUUUGCUGCGCAGGAGUAUUGUCACCACGUUGACGUGAUGAGGGCUGAGCUUGAUAGGUUUUACGCGAAGCGGACGGGGAGGGCGGAUGCUGAGCAGCCGCAGCAGCAGGUGCAGCAGGAACAGGCGUCCUCUUAUGGUGGAGUACCACAACCACCGCCGUCGCACGGACCCGGGCCCGAAUCGGAAUCCGGCCCGCUCAUGACGUCGCAAUUCGGUCUGGGUGGUGGACUACCUGUCAGGGCCGGGCCCACAACGGCGGGAAUGGCGCUGACGGAGCCGUCGUUGGAGGAGCUCCUUGCGCAGCCGGUGUUGGAUCUGCAGUUUUUGGAGGCGUCGUUUUAUGAUGACUUGCAGGCGUUGUAUUGGCCUGAUUUUAGCGCGGAGAAUUGGGAUACGUGGGCUUCUACUUGA